CCCCUUUGUAGUUGAGGUGGUGGUGGAGUUUGAGUAUGAAGCCGUCCAUGACGAUGAGUUGACCCUCAGACUUGGAGAUGUGAUCAGAAACGUGCGACGGAUUGAGGAGGAGGGAUGGAUGGAGGGAGACCUCAACGGGAAACGAGGCCUUUUCCCAGACAACUUUGUAAAGGAGUUGAAAAAAGAGGAGCCAAAGUCCAAAGAGGAGCCAAAGGAGGUUAAAGAAGUGAAGGAGAUGAUUGAGACUCCGAUACAGAGGCGAGCAUCAGGGAAUGUGGCAAGCCUGGUGCAGAGGAUCAGUACCUAUGGCAUCCCAGCAGGAGGAAUUGGCUUACAGCCCCAUUCUCAGCCCCGUGCCUCAAAAAAGAAGCCCAAGAAGCGUCAGUGCAAAGUCCUGUUUGAAUAUUUGCCUCAUAAUGAAGACGAGCUGGAACUGAAGAUUGGAGAUAUCAUUGACAUCACUGAGGAGGUUGAGGAGGGCUGGUGGAGCGGAAGCAUGAAUGGGAAGUCUGGGCUUUUUCCUUCCAACUUCGUCAAAGAAAUAGAAUCAUCUGAAGAGACCGAGACCAGCGUCAUAACAGAUGAGACAGAUAACCAAGAUGGAGCAUCUAGCCCCACGUCCCCUCACCAAGGCAAUGGAGUCAUGGCCCAACCGAAGAAGAUCAAGGGCAUCGGCUUUGGUGACAUAUUCAGAGAGGGCUCUGUAAAACUCAGACUCUCUCAGAGAUUACCAUCUGACAAUGAGGAAAAGAAAGAAAAACCAAUUCCAUCAUUACCAUCAGCCACAAAGCCCACCCCUUUGAGCACUCCUGAACCCCCUAAAGGAGAAAAAGAGACAGAGAGCAAAGGAAAAGUAAAAGAAUAUUGCAAGGCCAUAUUCACCUUUGAAGCAACUAACCAGGAUGAGCUGGAUUUAAAGGAGGGUGACAUCAUCCACAUACUGAGCAAGGACUCAGGAGAGCUAGGCUGGUGGAGAGGAGAGAUCAACGGCAAGGAGGGAGUUUUCCCAGACAACUUUGUAACACUGCUUCCUGAGACAGACAAAGAGACACUCAUAUCCAAAGGCUCCGUUAAAGCGUCUCCUAAACAGGAAUUAGAGGAGAAGCCAAAGAAGCCCCCACCACCAUCCAAAACCCCAGUUCUGAAACCAGAGGCCCCCAGUGCGGACAAGAAGCAACCGCAGCCACGGCCUGAAGAUAAAGUUGUCAAGCCCUUGCCAGAGAAACCCGCCAAACCUGCUGGCCCCAUCGUGCCCCCGAAAAAACCUGUGCCUCCAAACAAGGGACUGCUGCGUCCCUCCAUCCACACAAAACGACCUGACUUGCCUCUCACACCGUCACCAGCCGCCAAGCAAGCUUUAUCGCAAAAUGGAGAAGUUCCCAUCAUACGAACAAAACCAGAGAGCGAACCUGUACCCAUUAAGCCAAAAACCAUUGUGGACAGCAGUGAGAAGAAUUCAGAUAUAGUUAAUCUCAUAAGUUUUGACGAUGUCUCCUCUUCCUCGGAGAAGUUAUCCCACCCUACCGCACAGCGACCAAAGAUGCCUGGCAAAAGACCGCCUGGACACAGAGGCCAUUCUCCGAGCAAGGAGACUGGCGAGAAAGCUGAGAAAAUCGAGAAAGUGGAUGAAGCUGACGUUGCACCUUCCACACAAAAUUUGUUUAAGGUAUCUCAAAUACCAUCUACGGUGCCUAAAACCAUUUCAGCAACCCAAAUCACCCCUGAGCUCAAACCAAACUUGACAAGGAAGAGGAGGAAAGCUUCUGAACUGGAGGAACUGAAGGCUCAGAUAAAGGAGCUAGUGCUUUCUAUGGAGUUACUGAAGACACAACAGUCGAGAGAACUUGGUGAACUCCGAAAAGAGCUGGAUGAUGAACGACUCAAACGGGUGGCCCUGCAGAUUGAGAUAGAAAAAGUAAAGAAGAUUAGUACAAUCAACAUGAAAUAAAAUCUGGCGUCCUGAACUGGACUAAUGGCUCCGCUGUCGCAUCACGAGUGGAAAGUGACCUGCAGAUGGAGGGAUGGAUAUGGUUCACAUCACACUCACUGACUCCACAAAUCUUAAGAUUCAAAUAUUUGCACAUGAUAAGGUCUUUUCUGGGUUUAGAAAAGUGUAAUUAUGACAGAUGUAUAUGUUUGUUUUCCUCUUCCUCUUCCUCCUUUUUUUUUUUUUUUUUUUGCCAACAAAAAACGAUUGAGGCCUUACCUUACUACUGUGCUGGAUAUGUGGUCUGUGCACUUGAGAAGUGCAGUGGAUUAUGCAUUCAAUACUACUGAGUCUGUAUACAUGUUGGGGGAUUAUGUUGUUUCCUGUGUUUUUUAUGACAUGGGUUAGUUUUUUAAAAAAAAGAUCUUUUGAUCUCAGCAAUAUUCUGUCUAUAUUAGCCUCUUUAGAUGAUUAUCAAAUGAAUGACAUACUCUUGUUUCCAUAUUGGUGAUAUAUUC